AUGAAGUCAACACUGGUGGUUGUCCUGAUCCUCUUGCAACUAAGCUUAAAAUGUGUCCAUCCAUCCUCCAUUCCACCAAAAAGCCUGAAGGAAAUUGUUGAGAAGACAGCAAAAACUGAUUCGGCAGAGCGGACUCUCAAUCCCAAUCUUGAAGAAAUCAUUCCACCACUUGUGUUCAGCUCUGCAGUAGAACAUGAAGAGAACCCAGACAAGCUUUUGCAUCAGAGUGGGGAGAAGUCUCAUUCUAUAUUCGGUGACAACAUUAAUCUGAAAUGGGUUAGUUGGAACGGGACAAUGCCUAAUGGAGCAAUGUCAAUCUGGAACGGGUAUGCUGAACGGUUAGACUAUGUCUGUAAAUUCAACUGUGAAGCUGGCUUUUACAACCCAAGUAAAGGCCCAUACUGUCGGUAUCCAUAUGCUGAUAAAGAGUAUUAUGCCCCUAAUUUUGAGCUACUGGUCAAUCAGGACCACUUUGAAUUUGUAGAGUGGAUUGAUGGAUCAUAUGGUUCUGUUCCAACAAAUGCCAUCAAAACCUGUUCAGGGGUUGGUAUCUAUGUAGGAAAGAAUAAGUAUGGUUUAGGAAAGGUAGUCACUCAGCAUGAAGCUUUCUUCCUGCCAUGGGAAGGUGACGAGUACUGGUACAAGAAAUACCAAGUUCUUUCCAUCAAUAGAGAAUCCUACAGCCAGCAUAUAUCCCAUGUUGAGUAUGGAAUAGACCAGAUAGAGCUGUUCCACCACCCUCCUGAAACAUUAAGAUUGUCCUCCGUCUCCAACAACGAAUGUCAAACUGUGAAAAAGACAGUCAGCUUAGAGAAAAACACUGAAGUCAAGACUAACUGGGAUAUAGGCCGCUCAACUAUGAAUAGCUCAACAUCCAGUAUCAGUACAGCAGUACCCAUUAUUGGUAGCACAUCUGUGGGGUUCACAAAGGAGAAAACUUUUCACUUUUCUGAAGGCACUUCUAUAGUAGAAUCCAUAGGUCACUCAGUCUCCCUUGAAAUAGACAUACCACCCAAUCACUCUUGCACAGUGAAAAUGGAAGCUAAAAAGAUGACCGCAGAUAUUCCCUUCACAGCACGACUGAGCCGCACAUACAUUAAUGGGGAUACUCACUGGACCACAGUUGUAGGCAAGUAUGAUGGUGUGCAGAUAGGGGAGCUGAAAGCAGUGGUGGAACGCUGCCAGCCCAUCACUGAUGCGAAACCAUGUCCAAACACUUAAUCAGACUAGCAUCAACAGCUUCUUAAAUAGAACAGGACAAUGUGAAACCUGUUCUGCUGCUAUCUACACACAUCUUAUACUUAUCAAUGUCUGAUGUGUGAAAGAAUAGAUGUUUAGAAUGGCAAAGUCAAUGUCCAAGAACACCUUGGAAAUUAGAAAAAUGUGAAUGAUUUCUUAUGUUAAAAUAAAAAAAAAAUAUUGACUUGAGAGAUGAUCAAGCCGAGUAUAUCUGGUACCUUUUUUAAAAUCUCUUUUUACCCCAUUCAUAAGUAAUAUGCUAUUAUACAGUGUCAGUAAAAUGUAUCCCUGGCAUGUACAUAAUUGGAGCUAUCAUUAUCAUGGAAAAAUAGACUAAAAUGAGCUACAUGUAAUCGGGAAUAUAUGGAGGUGUCUGUCUGUACUUUGUAAUGGAUCUCCUCCUAGUGGCUGAGUUAAUAAUACUGACAUCAGCAAAAGACACAUACUUCCUUCACAACUGCAGAGCUUGUUCCAGUCCCUGCAUCAAGUGAUGCUACUAACAUGUGUCACCAGACAUCAUAGUACUGUAUAUCAAGAUCAUGGUUUGCAAAUGCAGAAACCUGAUGUGGAACUAAACUGACUGCCUCUUAAAGGAAUGACAUGUCUUAAUCCAAUGAUACUGUAUCUGGAGAAGCCAUGUUUAACAAUGAAAGUUGCGUUAAUUGAACCACCCCCACAUAAAAGAAAGAUACUGGACCAUCUGUUGACAAUAUUAAAACAUCUGAAACAAACAAAA